CGUAUCACACGUGAAAUAACAUGUUCAACUGAGGUUGCGCCUUGAAUUGCAACAUGACCAGUGUCGGGAACAAGUACAUCAAAAUCUCCAGUCCUUCUCCGCACGUGUUGUUGUUAGAGUUAAACAGACAGCCAGUCAACGCAUUCAGCGCGGAGUUUUGGAAUGAGUACGGAUGUACAUUCGAUGCACUUGCGAGGCAUCCGGACGACAUCCGCGCGGUCGUCCUGUCGUCCGCACUUCCCAAGGUGUUCACUGCAGGGAUCGACUUUCAGGGGCUGAUGAAGCUCGGGGCCGGCGAAGCGGCCAUGGAUCCCGCACGUCGCGCACUUCUGACCCGUGACGACAUCCUCGACAUCCAACACGCUAUAGCAGCACCUGAGCGGUGCCCAAUUCCCGUCAUAGCAGCAGUACAUGGAAUCGUGAUUGGUCUAGGGAUAGACAUUAUCUCAGCGUGCGACGUGCGAUAUACAGCGUCUGACGCGAGAUUCUCCAUCAAGGAAGUCGACAUGGGGCUGGCGGCUGACGUUGGGACGCUGGCUCAUUUGCCAAAGAUUACAGGCAAUCAUUCAUUAGCUCGCGAGCUCGCAUUUACUGGACGAACAUUCUCGAGUGACGAAGCGGAGAAACUUGGUCUUGUUUCUAGAGUCGUUGAAGGUGGGAGGGACGCAGUCGUAACUGUAGCAUUGCAAUUGGCCAAAGAUAUCGCUUCGAAGAGUCCCGUUGCAGUGAUUGGAACGAAGCAUCUCCUUCUGCACGCCAGGGAUCACAGCGUUGCUGAGAAUUUGCAGUACACGGCAACGUGGAAUUCAGCUGCGCUGCAGGCUACGGAUUUAGAGCAGGCAGUCAAAGCGGGAAUGGCCAAAUUAAAGGGAUCCCCGACAUUCUUGCCAUUAAGGCCCAAGCUCUAGUUAUUCGAGUGCGCAUUCUUCCUUAUAUUUUGUUCUCUAUGAGUCUUUCCUGAUCA